CUGAGGCUCAGAAGGCCAUUUCCUGGUACAUUUAUUGGAUAUCAGAUCAAAUAAGUCAACGCUGACGUUGCUGCUCACAGGCAUGGUAGACCUUCAGUGGGAUAAGAUCAUCUCGGUGCCUUCUCUUUGUUGCAAUCAUGGCAGAUGCUAUGGAGGCGAGGCCUCCUUCAGCCGUGCAGAAAACCACGUUCACCGUCUUGGGUAUUUGUUGUUCUUCGGAGAUCAAGCUGAUCGAUCGCAUUCUGAACCAUCUUGAAGGCAUCGAGAACGUAUCCGUCAACGUACUGGCCAAGACAGCCACCGUUGUCCACGAUCCGGCAAAAGCUCCGGCUUCUCGAAUAGUGAGUGCGCUGAAUGGGGCUCAUCUGAACGCUGGAAUCAAGGAGUCCGGGAGAGUGCAGAUCGAGAGUCGACCAUGGCCGAGUAAGAGCGUCGUCGCCUCCGGAGCGCUGCUGCUCGUGGCCUUGUGCAGCUACGUCUUCCCACCGUUGAUAUGGAUCGCCGUGCUAUCAGUUACUGUCGGAGUCCUCGACAUGCUGCGGCGCGCCGUGGCGGCUCUACGGCGGUGUGUGCUUGAUAUUAAUGUGCUCAUGGUGACUGCAGUGUUUGGAGCAAUUGGGCUUGGGGAUUACCUUGAGGCAGCUUCCAUAGUCUUCCUCUUCACCUUAGCAGAGUGGCUGGAAGCCAAGUCUACCAACAAGGCUCGGGUUUCACUGGAAUCGUUGCUGAACUUGGCACCCCAAACUGCAGUCAUUGCAGAGACUGGAGAAACCGUGCACGUCAAGGACAUCAUGAUCAACACAAUUGUCUCGGUGAAAGCAGGAGAGCUUGUGCCAGUUGACGGUGCGGUGGUGGCUGGAGCAAGCACGGUUGAUGAAUCCAGUUUGACGGGAGAGUUCAUGCCGGUCGAUAAAGAGAUUGGCUCGAAUGUAUGGUCUGGAACGACGGUUCUCACUGGGUUCAUCAAGGUGGUGACGAUGGCAGCAGCAGAGGAUUCUGCUGUUGCGAGGAUGGUUAAGCUUGUAGAAGAUGCACAGAACCGGCGUUCAAACAUGGAGGAGUUCAUAGAACAGUUUGCAAAGUACUAUACUCCAGGUGUUUUCUUGGUAGCAGCUGGAACUGCAAUCAUACCAUGGAUUUUAGGUGUUCAUCCUCUCCGUCAAUGGAUCUAUCUGGCCUUGGUGUUGCUUGUGAUCGCAUGCCCAUGCGCUUUGGUGAUCUCAACCCCAGUAGCCAAAGCAUGUGGCCUUUCUGCAGCUGCCAAGAUGGGUCUCAUCUUCAAAGGUGGGAAUUACUUGGAAGCCUUGGCAAAGGUGAAAGCCAUGGCGUUCGACAAAACAGGAACACUUACAGAAGGAGCAUUUGAAGUGGUGGAAGUGCAGUGUUGGGAGCCGAACGCAAACAUCAGACAGUUCUUGCACUGGAUUUCAAGCUUGGAGAACAUGUCCAGCCACCCGAUGGCAAGAGCUCUGGUAGAGUAUGCUAGAGUGCGUGGUGUCAGACCUAGCAGUGAUGUCAGAAACUUCAACUUGAUCCCGGGAGGAAUUGCUGGAUUUGUAGAUGAUUGCUAUGUUAAGAUUGGAAAUGCAGAAGUAGCCCUCAGCAAUGGCUGGCUGAGAGAAAAUGAGCUUCGUGACAAUGAAGCAGGUAUAACCAUCAGCUACGUCGGCAUGGUGGAUCGGUGCAUUGGAUACUUCUGCCUCGGAGACCAACUCCGUGAAGAAGCUGCACGAGCUGUUCAGGAACUAAAGAAACAACAGAUUCAUGUCAUUGUUCUGACUGGUGAUUCAAAGGCAGCUGCAGAACAUGUCCAGAAACAGAUUGGGGAGAAUGUGCAGGUGGAAGCAGGUCUGUCACCUGAAGGGAAGAUGAAGAAGAUUGCGGAACUCAAGGAGACAUGGGGUUUGACUGCAAUGGUCGGGGAUGGGAUCAACGACGCACCGGCACUCACGGAAAGCGACGUGGGAGUCGCCAUGGGGAUUUCGGGCUCAGCAUUGGCAACAGAAACUGCCAAUGUCGCACUCAUGUCGAAUGACCUCCGAAGGAUACCAGAAGCUGUGGAACUUGCGAGAUCUUCUCUCAGGAAGAUCUACGAAAACGUGGCCAUGUCCUUGGCCGUGAAGCUCCUGUUCUUCGGCCUGGCGUUCGGAGGACUCCCGUCUCUCUGGGCCGCCGUAGUGGCUGACAUGGGCACAUGUCUUCUUGUCAUCUUCAACAGCAUGCACCUCCUGCACAAGUAUGGUGGGAGAGAAAGCAGCACUUGUUCAAACCAAGUCCCACAGGAACAGAGUAUCAACGUUGAUGAGUUCAGUGAACCUCUGUUGUCAUCGGAGAGAAGGGAUCAAGAUGAAGAGGCUCCAUGUCUGUGUUGCAAGGGCCGCAGUAGUCAGAGAGAGAGAUGAAUGGUGGCAUCACAUACUGUUGAGAUUAUGUUAAUUGCACAGCAAUUUCACUAUGCUGCAAAUAUGCAACUGCUGAUAAUGUUUAUAAACCAAUGACCAUUUGCAGGUUGAAAGAA